GCGGCGUAGGGAGUCGGGGGCCGCCCGCCGGGGAGCCGGGACCAUGGCGCUGCGCGCCCGGGCGCUGUACGACUUUAGGUCGGAGAACCCGGGCGAGAUCUCGCUGCGGGAGCACGAGGUGCUGAGCCUGUGCAGCGAACAGGACAUCGAGGGCUGGCUCGAGGGGGUCAACAGCCGUGGCGACCGUGGCCUCUUCCCGGCCUCGUACGUGCAGGUGAUUCGCGCCCCCGAGUCCGGCCCGGCGGGCGACUGCGGCCCGGGAGCCCCGGCUCGCUACGCCAACGUCCCGCCUGGCGGCUUCGAGCCCCUGCCCGCCGCGCCGCCCGCCUCCUUCAAGCCGCCGCCCGAUGCCUUCCAGCCCUUGCUGCAACCGCAGCAGGCGCCUCCGCCGAGCACCUUCCAGCCGCCGGCCGCGGGCUUCCCGUACGGCGGGGGCGCCCUGCAGCCGUCGCCUCAGCAGCUCUACAGCGGCGGCUACCAGGCCAGCCAGGGCAGCGACGAUGACUGGGACGACGAGUGGGACGACAGCUCCACGGUGGCCGAUGAGCCGGGCGCGCUGGGCAGCGGCGCGUACCCGGACCUCGACGGCUCGUCGUCCGCGGGCGGCGCGGCCGGCCGCUACCGUCUGUCCACGCGCUCCGACCUGUCGCUGGGCUCCCGUGGCGGCUCGGCGCCCGCGCAGCACCACCCGUCGGGGGCCAAGAGCUCGGCCACCGUAAGCCGCAACCUCAACCGCUUCUCCACCUUCGUCAAGUCGGGCGGCGAGGCCUUCGUGCUGGGUGAAGCGUCUGGCUUCGUGAAGGAUGGGGACAAGUUGUGCGUGGUGCUGGGGCCCUACGGCCCCGAAUGGCAGGAGAACCCUUACCCCUUCCAGUGCACCAUCGACGAUCCCACCAAACAGACCAAGUUCAAGGGCAUGAAGAGCUACAUCUCCUACAAGCUGGUCCCCACGCACACGCAGGUGCCGGUACACCGGCGCUACAAGCACUUCGACUGGCUGUACGCGCGCCUGGCCGAGAAGUUCCCCGUCAUCUCGGUGCCCCACCUGCCCGAGAAACAGGCCACUGGCCGCUUCGAGGAGGACUUCAUCUCCAAACGCAGGAAGGGCCUGAUCUGGUGGAUGAACCACAUGGCCAGCCACCCGGUGCUGGCGCAGUGCGACGUCUUCCAGCACUUUCUGACCUGCCCCAGCAGCACGGACGAGAAGGCCUGGAAACAGGGCAAGCGGAAGGCCGAGAAAGAUGAGAUGGUGGGCGCCAACUUCUUCCUGACCCUGAGCACGCCCCCCGCCGCCGCCCUCGACCUGCAGGAGGUGGAGAGCAAGAUCGACGGCUUCAAGUGCUUCACCAAGAAGAUGGACGACAGCGCGCUGCAGCUCAACCACACGGCCAACGAGUUCGCGCGCAAGCAGGUGACGGGCUUCAAGAAGGAGUAUCAGAAGGUGGGCCAGUCCUUCCGUGGCCUCAGCCAGGCCUUUGAGCUGGACCAGCAGGCCUUCUCGGCCGGCCUGAACCAGGCCAUCGCCUUCACCGGAGAUGCCUACGACGCCAUCGGCGAGCUCUUUGCCGAGCAGCCCAGGCAGGACCUGGACCCCGUCAUGGACCUGUUAGCGCUGUAUCAGGGGCACCUGGCCAACUUCCCCGACAUCAUUCACGUUCAGAAAGGAGCUCUUACCAAAGUAAAGGAGAGUAGGCGACACGUGGAAGAAGGGAAGAUGGAGCUGCAAAAGGCUGAUGGCAUUCAAGAUCGCUGUAACACUAUUUCUUUUGCCACUUUGGCUGAAAUUCACCACUUCCAUCAAAUUCGAGUAAGAGACUUUAAAUCACAGAUGCAGCAUUUCUUACAACAGCAAAUAAUAUUUUUCCAAAAAGUGACACAGAAGUUGGAAGAAGCUCUUCAUAAAUAUGAUAGUGUUUAAUGACUGGUCACUGGGUUGUGGACUUUUUUCAGUUCAAGGAUAUUUCUACAGCAGAAUAAAAACUGCUAUCAAAGAGCUAUUGCCAACUAUCAGUGGUGGUACAAGGAUGGUUUUGUGUUCAACUGAAGCUCGGCUGAAUAUAUAAUUAUGUAGGAAAGAAACAGUUAAUAUGGUUAUAUAAUAGAAACAGUACCACACAUUGUAACUAAAUUAUACUAUGUAUGCCUACACUACCAUUGUAACUUUUGGAAUAAUGAUUAUACUAUUUGCCUUAUUGCUUUUUGAAGUAUGGGUAUUUUAGUGCAUACUUUGUAGACCUCAAAACCCAUGAAGGGUCUCAAAGAAGCUGGCUGGAUAAAAGCCUGCUGUGGAUGCCUUUUUACUCUCAUAGAUUGGGAUUACCUAAAUUCAACCUGUUCUCUGUUUACAAACUCCAACUAGAGCAGCUAUGCGACUUUGUGCCUUUAAACUCUUGGUUUUUCAUUUCUCCACCUCCCUCCCUUUUUUUUAAGUAACCACAACUUUUCUGAUCGAAAGAGUGAAAGGCUAGUGCAUAUAAUGACAAACCUGUUGGUAACCUCAUAUUGGCGCUGGGGGCAGGCUGGGCGGAUCAGCUGUCAUCGGUUUUCACGGCAAGUUUUGUCCCCUGAUACACGCUGGUGAGCGCAGCGGAGGGAGGCCUGAUGCUCAUCUUUGAACAUGAAGUCUAUUAGGGAAGAAAAUGGUGCCACUCUAUUCCCUUAGAUGCUGUAGUAACAUAGCCUCUUCAAUCAAGUGUCCUGGAGACUUGGCGUGGAGGUUGAAACGAGCAUGUCUUAUAACACAGAGAAGGAGGAGUCUAAUCGGUUGGGGACACAAGCACAGAAUCAGUGAUGACACACACUUGGUUUUAAUUCUUAGGAGGGCUUUCUUUCUUUUUUUUUUUAGCUUGAAGAUUUUAAUAUUCAGUUUUUUCUUUUUUAAUGGAUCUACACUGUUAACUGAUUGAGACUCCACUGUGAUUCACUCGUUUACUUAAUCAAAAACUUUUCAGGGAUGUCUGUAAAAUUCAGUGUUAUACGUGAUUGAAAGUAGUGUUGGUUGAUCUAAAGAGGGACCAGAAAUAAUUUCUACUAUUCCAAAUGCUGAAGGAGAAAAAAAAUAAUUGUUUUUUUUUUUAAAUAUUGAUAAGCCCCCAGGACAUUUAACUUUAAAAGUUAUUUUAAAUAUAUUCUUUUAUUAUUAUAAGGGAAAUAUGAAUGGCUGAUAAAUACCAAAAAGAUUCAAAAGCAGCUUAAUUUAAAAAGCACAAAGAGAUUCUGGCUUCAGAUGCCAAAAUCUCAAUGUUUUUAUAGUUGCUGAGCUAUAAAUAAUGUGAUUUU